GUUCGUGAUAUAAAUGGAUGAAACGUUGGUUGACGUUGGAGGACAUGAUAACGAGAUAUUCCUGGACCUUUCUAAAAGAGAAAGACUAGAGUAUAAAUGUUCUAUUUGUCGACUUAUUUUGAAUCAACCUCAGCAAUGUUGUAACGGACAUUUAUAUUGCCUGUCAUGCAUCAAAGAAUGGACUAAACGAGGUAACAAAACUUGCCCUACAUGUGGAGUGCACGCUUCGUACAGUGAUAAUACAGAUUUGAGAAACAUAAUAGAGAGCAAAUAUGUACGAUGUGAGUCUUCUAUGUGUGCAUGGAAAGGGAGACUCGAAAGGCUGAAACAUCAUGUAGCCGAUUCACAUCCUUCGUCAGAAUCAAGCGUUAGUACUGAGAGAGACUCGUUAUCAACGGACGAUCUAAUAGAGUAUCACAAAGUAGUCAAUGAGGUUAACAAAAUACACCAUUUAAAAAAGGAGGUUGUUCAACGAAGGAUAAAGAAAAUGGAGAAGAUUAAGAGACAAAAUGUGUUAGAUAGACAAAGCGCACAAACGUUACCCCCGUUAACAUGUUUAGAAUCAAACACUUCUCGUUCCGACUAUUACCGACCACUUACGGAUAUUAACGACAGGAAAACGGACAGAUUGCCUGCGAUUGCAUUGCAGCACGAAUAUCACAACAGAGGCAGCUUCUAUCAAAGACUGGAAGAUAUUGAAAAUGUAAAGCAGAAAAAAAGGGAAAUUACACGAAAAAAACUGGAACAAAUCGAAAGUCGAAAAGUGGCAGAAAGGCACAGUUUAUACAGAAAAAUACAGGACAUUGAACAAAAACAACAGGAAAAUAGAUAUAACUCUGAACAAAGAAUUUUGCAAAUAGAGAGAAAAAUAAGGGAGGAAAAAGAUGCUUUUCAAAGAAAACUUUCAGCAAAAGAAAGAAAAAACAAAGACGGCCACUUAACAUGGCAAAGACAUAAAAGUGUAAUCAAGGUCCGAAUGAAAAAUGACAAAAUGACCACUCAUCAUAUGAAAAGUACUAUCAAACCCUAAUAAGACACUACGUAUUUUUUUUACUUUCAUGCCCCAACUACAAAAGUAGAGGGGCAUUACGUUUUUUGGGUUGUGCGUCCGUCCGUUCGUCCGUUCAUCUGUCUGUCCCGCUUAAAGUUAAAGUUUUUGGUCAAGAUAGUUUUUGAUGGAAUUGAAGUCAAUCAACUUGAAACUUAGUACACAUGUUCCCUUCGAUAUGAUCUUUCUUAUUAUAAUGACAAAUUAGAGUGUUUACCCCAAUUCCAUUGAACAUAGAAAAUGAUAGUUCGAGUUGGGCAUCUGUGUACUGGGGGCACAUUCUUGUUUUUUUUUGUGUUUGGGAUAAGUCUGUCCUCAGAAAAUGUCAUUGUUCUUCUAUAGUUCAUCCAAAGUUAAAUGCAAUAUCAAAUUAUAUUUGUAUACUAUUUAUAACUAAUUAAAUAAUGACCUAAGGCAUUGUCUUC